AUGGAAGGUCUCAACAUGAGCUUAGAAUGUACACCGGCAAGUCGUUCAAACGGGACCUGUUACGGUUUGGCAGUGUGUGGCUAUUGUUACGACUUUGUAGAAACAAGGCAGGUUGUCAAGGAAUACGAACAGUUCAAUCUGGUCGUCAUUGGACUAAUGCUUCCUCUCAUCGGAUGCCUUGGGCUGAUUGGGAAUGCUCUUUCGGCAUUCACAUACUCACGAAGGGAGAUGAUUUCUAGCUUGAAUGUAUACCUAUUUGCGCUUGCCUGCUCCGACAUAGUUAUCAUCCUAACCGCAUUUUUCCUUUUCUUUCUGGAAAACAUGAGAAAACGGUCAGAAUGGGCAACAUACUAUUUUGCCGUGCUAUCACCUGUCAUGUUCCCAUUGGGACUUACUGCUCAAACAAUGUCUGUCUUCAUCACGGUUGCAUCAGCGUUUGACUGUCUAGUUUUGGUGGCUGCCAGUGAAAAAUUUAAGAGCAAAUUCUGUUCUGUGAACACUUCAAUUCUGGUAGGUAAUUUUAAUGAUUUUAAAAACGUCAUUGUUUGUCUUAAGAUAAUUGUGAAAAUAUUCCUGCUGGGAAUAUUCUAUAAUUCACCUCACAUGUACGAGAUUUACGUCAUUGAUUGUUGGAGUACCAUGUACAACACUGCUUCUAAGGACGUUUGCCCAACAGCUCUACGAUCAAAUGUGGAUUAUGUCCGAAUCUACUACGUUUACAUGUACACUAUUGUGAUGGCAGUCGGCCCAGUGCUUCUCCUCAUUGUCAUUAAUACUGCCAUUGUAAUUAGUAUGCGACGGUCGUCUUCUCCGAACAGCGAAUCCGACAUUAUCACCUUAGUGCUGGUAGUUUGCCUGUUUAUUUCGUGUAAUGUUCUGCCCUUGACAGUCAACUUUCUGGAAUUGCUCUUCGGAAUUAUUAACAGCUACUUGAUCGAUUUAUCCAACUUAAUGGUCGUUGUCAACUCUUCUUGCAACUUUUUGAUCUACUACACAUUUGGCUCUAACUUCCGUCGAACUCUCCGUUAUUAUGUGCGUGCUGCUCUCAAUCGACGCGCGCCGGCUCAAAAUGCUGCCAACAACCGAACACCACCAAGAGUGAAAUUGUGCCUUCCCCCAACUGAAGUUCUUAUUUGA